AUGGGGGCUGCGUGUAGUUCCAACGCAGACUGCAACGAGUUCAAUGAAGAUCCUACUGAUCCAGAUAUCAUGGGAAUCGGGGUUCUUCUCGCUUUCGUGGUUCCGGUGCUGCUAUCCACGAUCGCCAUCUGCCUGGCGUACAUCGCUCGCACCACCUUCCACGCCUGUUUGUACAUGGAGAUCGAUAAUAUGAUCCUUGGGAGGCUGGAGCGGCAACGGUCGGUUCUGGCCUCCAUUCGCAGCACAAAGUACCUGCAGCUCAUCCUCGGGCUGAGCGACCAGCUGCUGGUGACGAGCUUCGGCAUCCUCAUCGCCCUCUACGUGCAGACGUGCAGCAUGUCCCUGCUCUGCUUCAGGGUCGGCGAGGCGCUCGCCUAUCUCGCAUCCGGCGUACACAUGGACUGCCUCCUGGCCCUGGGGUCCCACUUCGAGGAGCACAGGCGGCAGGCGAAGGUGCGCAUCUGGCUCAUGGCGUUCCUUCUCGUCUUCAUCCUCACAACCAGCUUCCUCACCUAUCUUACCGACAGCAACAGCGUGCGAAGGACCGUUUCCUGCGCCAUACGCCACUACAAGACUGACUGGCCGUACCUCUUUGUCGCGUGGCUCGCCCUCUGCUGGUGGGUCGCCUCCAGCUUCCGUAACUCCAUGUCCCAGCUCCGUAACGCGCGCUCCCAGUUCCCACGCGUCUACUCUCUGGUGAACUGUGCGCUGAGUGCUGUUUACCGAGACGAGGCGUCGAGGAGGAGCCUGGAGGCGUGGAAUGAAUAUGAGAGACAAGAGAUGCGCGCAAUGUACAGCCGGAGGUGUCGCCAGCUCCGAAAGAGGUCGCCGAAGCCUCCCUGGCGGGUAACGGCGCGUAUCGUAGCCCAGGCCAUAUUCGGGGAUUUCUGGCGGUCACUGAUCUUUGCCCUCUGUGUGAACUUUAGCUUCACGGUCACGGGGAUAUAUUUUCUAUUGGAGGUCCUGGUCUACGCGCGGGUCGAUUACUCGCAUCUUUUAGAGCCCAAGUUUGGCCAGAUCCUGCCUCUUGUCAUGUUGAUUGUGUUGCUGUUGAACAUCAUGGAGGCCAGUGGCUCUCCGACAGAAACAGAUGGGCAGAGCGAGGCCAGAAACGACUCGCCACCUCGUAGAAGAACAGAAAGAGGCCAGCUCACGUUCCUUCUCCCGGAGAGAAACUCUCGACAGGGCACGGACGAGUGGGUGGUUCCCCCAAGGAGACGGGUCACCGUCUCCGAGGACCGCCGGCAGGCGGGCAUUGAAGCAACCAUGACUGGCGGCCUUUCAAGGCGGCAAACAGGAGACACCGUGCGGGAGCAAUCUACGCACGCCUAUCGCCAGACGACGAGCAUACCCGAGGAGUCGGAGGCGAGCGGUGUCGAGCUGCCGAACAGAGUGAACACCCUUGUGAUGGAGGCGGGACAUCUCGGAGAGGCGGAAAGCGAUGGGAGCUUUGACACCAGAUUCGGCCUGGCGGCCAUCGUGUACCAGGACACGCCGAGGUGGAUCAUCAAGCUGGCGUUCUUUGCGGCGCUUGCGGCAACCGGCGUGUUCUUCUACUUUCUGUGUGUGUAUUUCAACGAAAUGGUCAUCGCCAUGUGUGCUUUGAACCAGCUCUACCAGCUUGGGCACACUUGCAGAGGGUUUUGGAAGUUCUGGAGGUUUCGCAAAGAGCGAAAGGAAAUACAGCGCCGUCAGCCGGGUUCAACAUAG